UGCAGAAGCACUUGGAGUGGUGGAGGGAGCAACACCUUGAUUUGAGAGCUAACAGAGGUUCUCAACCCAAAAAGGAGCUAGUCUAGAAGCUUGAUCGGUUCGAUGAGCUUUGCUGAGCUGGAUUGUCGGUUGGAGAACGAAGCAGGGUUACUUGGAAAAGCGUGGACAAGCUUCGAAGGCAGUUAACGAUUCUUCCCCCUUUCCCCUUUUCUUUUUCUGUUUUUGAACUUUCUUUGUAAUAUAUACAUUGGGUGACUGAAAGUGUUCCUAGCUUAGGAUUUUCAAUUCUUGUCUUUAGCUUUAGCUUUAUCAGUUUUUCGUAGAGUAGAUACGUUCUUUGCUUUACACUUGAGUUCUUGGAGCCUUCCAUUGGGUGAUAGGAAGUGCGAUUUUGAGAAACUCUGGUAUCUUGUAAUUUUCAAUUUUAGUUUUCAAAUGCAAAGUUUAUGUUUCUGUUUGUUCCAGUUUACAUUUCUUUGAUUGCCUUUCAAAUCAAUUUACAUUUCUUGCAUUUGAAUUUACUUUUUCAGCACUUUUAUUGAUUAUGCUUAUGUUUUAGGUUCUUGCAUUGAUUCCAUUCUUUUGAUACUUGUUUCUGAAUUUGAUGAUGUUUUCAUAUUAGAGUUGAUAUUUUGAUUAUGUUUCUUAUUGCUUUUAGAGUAGUUUUAUGAUGUUUUUGAUAAUUGCUAAGACAUGAUUCUAGAUUGUACAAAUAUUGGGUUGAUGAAUUGAGUGAGAGUCACCAUUUCAAGUUCUGAAAUAUGGACUCAAAGACCCCAAAGUGGGCUUUAUUUUACAGGAUGUCUUCCUGAUAGUGACUGAGACUCUUUUCACCAAAUCAAUAUUUGUUAAAUCUGAAAAUUGUUCUUAUCAAAAUUCUUUGUAUGAUUCUUUUUUCAAUUGGGUUGAUAGAUGAUAGAUUUACGAAAUUUGCUUCAAUUCUAUUUCAGUUUUAUAUUUUCUCUUUAGUAGAAUUAGGAUUAAUUACUUACAUAUUUCUUUCCUGAAUCUGCAUUUUAGGAUUAAGCAUUCGAUUUCUUUAUAUUUUUUCUCAUGCAUUAUCUUCUAGUUCCUUACUUUAGAUUCAUUUUAAUUUUCCCCACCUAGUUUUAGAUAGUUUUAGUAAAUAGUAAUUAGGUAUAAUUCUACAUUUCUAAACUUAAUAAGUACCAAGUCCUUGGAUUGAUAUCCUAGGUUGCCCCUAUACUACAUUAGUGGAGAAUUUAGGUUUGUUGACUUUUUUGCAACCAAAAGCCUUUCAACAAAUGGCGUCGUUGCCGGGGACUCGGCAAAUUAAGUUUUAGGGUGUUUAGUUAGUCUUGUUUAGGUCUAUUUCUUUUUGUAUUUUUUUUUUGUGUGUUUAGGUUUCUGCUUCUGAAGUUGUAGCGUGUGAGUAAUGGUUCUUAGUUUUGUGUGUUUGGUGUUUGAUUUUAAUUCUGAAAGCUGUUAUUAUUAGGUUCUUUUUUCAUGUUUUUCUGUGUGCUUGGUAUAAUCUCCUCUUGAAGUAUAGUCUAGAACAGGGCCUGGAACAAUCAAGAGAAUGGUCACCAGCUGGUGUGCACCUACCUAACUCAGGAGCAGCAUUCACCAAGUUUUGAGCUGAAGGCUAGCUUUAUAAGACUGUUGUCCAAGUUCCAUGGAUGGGAGCAUGAGGAUCCACACCAACAUGUCAAAGAGUUUAUUCUCAUUUGUUCCUCCAUGAAGCCUUCAAGAAUUCCUGAAGAGGAGUGUUGAAGAGAGCAUUUCCAAUGUCCCUGCAAGGUGCAGCAAGAGACUGGUUCAUCUACCAGCACCAACCUUUUGGGAAUUGGCAAGAGAUGCAGCAGAGGUUUCUGAACAAAUUUUUCCCAGCAAUCAAAGUGGCCAGUAUCAGAAGGGCGAUUACUGUCAUUGCGCAAUUUCAAGAAGAAGGCCUGGAUGAGUACUGGAAGAGAUUCAACAUGCUCUACUUAAGCUGUCCAAACCACCAAAUUUCAGAGGCAUUGCUCUUAGUCUAUUUUUAUGAAGGCCUAUUGUUUGAGGAGAGGAUGUUUGUGGAUGUUGCUGCUGGAGGAUCUUUGCUGGACAGAACUCCAACAGAGGCAAGGAAGCUGAUUUGCAAACUGGCCGGUGAGAAUCCUAUUGAGGUAGCAAUUGCAGAACCUGAGCAGAAUUAAAGGAAAUAAAGAAUGUUGAAUACACUAAGGCAGUUAUUUGGGAGGAGGAAAGUGCAGAAAGGCUUGGAAAGAUCUCUAGCCUAGUGCCACACACACAACAGCUGCCAGUGGAAGGAGAGAUGUUGCUGCAACAGAGAGUUGGGAAGGAGGAAGGCAAGGAAGCCAUGGAGACACUGCUGGAAAGAGUGGGUGAGCAUAGGAGAUUAAAACCAAUAAGCCAUUUCUUUACCCUUCUCUUCUAUUGUAGUGAUAGGUUUUUAUUAAUAGCUUGCAUAGUAAUAGGUAGCAUAGUAAAUAGUAGGAUAAAAAAUAUGUUGUUUUUCAUUUCAACAUAAGAGUUUCAUUGCAUUAAUGGCUUUUACAAUGGGAAGUUCAACAAUUAGUGUUUCA